CACUAGCAGGAUUCCCAGUCAACGGGAAAUAAGCUUUCAGACCGCACGGAGAUGUCGCUAGAAGCAGCGUUAACGGGAAGAAACCGAGCAGUGUAGAAUGGGCCCGCUAGCAUACGGGUACGGGACUCUCGGUGGUGGGGUACCGGGGCUGCCCGAACUAUCCCGAUCAAAGCGAGCGCGCGGUGAGGGCAGGCGCAACAGACAGAUAGACGGUCGGACAGACGGACGGGCCUGUUUCCUUGCUUCAAGUGGCAGCAGCAGAGGAGGGGAGUUUUUGGUCGCGCCACGGAGCAGUGGGAGGGGGGGUCAGAGAGGCAGAUGUACGGCAGAGACCCACAGAACGUCCCGUGACGGAAGAACGAGCUGACUGGAACCAGGACGGUGGCAGCCCGUCGGUGGCUUUUGCAUUUUUCGUGGUAGUGAGAGAGUAACACAGGCUAGUAGGCCGGUGCAUACGAAGAGAGGACGCUUUUUGUUACAUCGGGCGAUUCUUAGUUGACACCUUGCGCGGGCUGGAAACGUGGAGCAGGCCCCCAGGUCACAAAAACUGUUUUAAAGCUUAGCAAACAAAACACAUCUUAUCCCAGUAAAUCUCUAGUGACAUCCAAGUGAUUUAAUUACUUCGUUGGUGGGGUGGGACGGCGGGGAAUUUCGAAAGGAGUCGGUGUAGGUCGUAUGCCCCUUUUAACCAGUGCGUGUAGUUUUGGACUUCCGAAAUUAAUAAUAACUCGAUCUUUUGAUAGGCUUGUUUUUCCAUCUAGAGAUGUCUGUAGGAAGUAUGAAGUAGACAGUCUAAUACACAUAAAUAACAUAAGGGCUUAAUAGUUCGUGUGAAGGAACUGAAUCGUUAGUGAUGUGUUGAACUUUCGAUCUAUCGAGCAGAUCCAUCAUGACGUCUGCUAUGCCUCUCGAUAGAGAACUGAGACGCCGACCGUCAUCUGUGGAACCUUCUACAGCUGUAUCGACAUCGUCUCUGACAAUGCCAGCUGCAAAAUCGACCUUGACACCAACAAAGUCGUCAUCAGCUUCAUCACCGUCUGUUUUGAUGUUAUCACCGAUGAAACCCCCAGCCCAGAGUCACAAACGUCGUUCGACGUCUCAGGCAAAAACAGACGAAGAUGGACAACAGCCUACUAGUAAGCGUCGUCGCCAUAGUAACAAAAGCCAGGGCAGCGUCAACGGAACGGCUAGCAACACAAAGGAAGACAUGUUCGUUCAUUACCAACCAUGGGUAAUACAGACGUACGGAGAUUCAGCGAAGACCAAGACAAUCACACUGAGGAAAUACGCACGCGUGUUAAGAACGCUCAGAGGAGAGGAAGGUAAUUCAGUGGAGAAUUCGAAAUUUCGAUUCUGGGUGAAAGCCAAAGGAUUUCGAAUUGGGCAACCUCCCGGAUACAUCGCGAAGCCUGCUGAUGGCAUCGUAGGGAGUCAGACCCUAUCUGAUGACAAGGAAGGCGGCAACCAGGACCCGCCCCUGUACGUUCCCACGGCAACUGCAAAGGAUGGACAGGGACGGGACAAACAGCUGUUCAAGAAAGUGGCUGUGGUGGAGAACUUCUUUGACAUCAUAUACAGCGUCCAUGUGGAGAUGGAAGGAAGGGCAGGCAAACAUGCAGGGCAGAAGAGGACGUACCGCACGAUCACCGAGACGUACGCGUUUCUGCCCCGAGAGGCGGUGACGCGCUUUCUGCUGGGUUGCACCGACUGUCAGCGUCGUCCGAGGUCCCCUUCUCCAAUUACAGCUGCCAACGCCCUAAAAUCCGCCCCUAGCUCUAGUCUUACACAUAUCCCUUCAGACCUAGAGCAGCCUCCCCUUACACCCUCCGCAGAUUCCGAUAACUUUAGCCUGCCAUCCCCCAUCACUGUGAAAUCCUCCCCUAACACAACAAAUUCCCGAAGAUUGAACAACCACCAUCACCAUCAUCUGAACAACAAUCAUCAUAAUAACCACCAACAGAGAGCCACUUCUACGCCUUUAACGCUGAAACCGAGUGCCAACCAUCAUCGUCUGAACAACAAUAAUCAUAUCCAUAACAAUAACCACCUGAAGAAGCUCGUGGACCCGCCGGACAUCGACUUCAGUCUCCCCAUCACGACCACGUACCUGAAACACAUGCGUAGUCUGGGCUACACCGACGAAGACGCCCUCAAGAUCGACGUUGAG